CUCGAGUCUGGUAGAUCCCAGAUAAGGUGUUUUUGCUUCAGCAGCCUUGAGGAAACAGGAGUGCGAGAUUUGCUUCAGCUUGUGGAUGUUUAUAUGGUUGUCUAAUGAAGUUUUCUAUGGAUUCAGGAAGCUGUUUUGUUUGGCUCUGAAGUGGAUAGCGCUUGAAGUUUUCGUGUGUGAAGUGCUACCUCAAAAAGAUGUCAUCAAAGAAUAAAAAUAUGGAAAAUUCAGAAGCGUUCUUUAGGCCUUCAUUAACUGUUCGGAAGACUAGUGCUGAGAUUAUAAAUGAAGUGCGAAAUACAUUAAGAAUGUUAAGAACUCGAAGACCAUUUACACCAAGAGAGGAACAAAGGAAGCUAUUUGGAUCCGCCUCUUCAAGGACACCCGAAAAUAGGCCACCUUCUGUUUUUAGUCUCCAUGCUUCCAGCUUUGAAUCAGUUGAGCCAAGGCCUGUGUCUUAUGUUCGCCUUAGUCCACUGGAUCAUAAGCCAAAGUUGCUGUUACCUUUUACAAGCAACGAAGAGUAUCCCAUUUCCCCCCCUAAACCUCCAGCAGAUUCAGAGGAGAUUAGAAAAGUCAGAAAUGCCCGUACACGUUUGUUUAGAACUGUCUCUCAUGGAAAUCUUCUCAGUGAUAAAAUAUUCAGUUCAGAUGAGAGCAAGAGGCUGAGUUUUGAAGAACAAGAUAUCCUGGGUGACAUUCCAAGAAGUAAUGAAAAAUUUUCAGCAAAACUAACUGUCUAUUCAGGCUUUGAAGAUGUAGGUCUUCCAUUAACUUACAAAGAGCAUAAUGAUAAGGCAGCAGGGGAACAAGCUUGUUCAGAAAUAACAGAAAAAGCAUCGCCAUCUCAAGUUGGCAGUAAAAGUGACCAUGAACAUCCUACGAGAUCAGGCAGGCCUUCAUCAUGUCCAGACAACACUAACUGGAUUAAAUCUGACAUUAAGACAGAUAAUAAUUUUGAAGUAAAUGAAACUGAAGAGGAAGAAAACUACUGGAAUAUGAAAAUUUUGCCAAUUUUACACGAAUUAGAGACUGAGGACAAUGUAGAAAACCUUUGCCAUGCCUGUGCCAUUCUCUAUCAAGUCUUGGUGGAAGGAAAUAUGCUUGGCAAGCGAUUUAAAAGGAGAAGUUUGUUUCUGAAGACUUUGUAUAAAUUAUGUGACAUUGCUUCAGAUCCCCUUGGCCUGAAACUAGCAAAAAUAAUUCUGGGUUUGAAAGUGAGUGGGAAAAACUUGCUUAAUGUCUGCAAACUUGUAUUUAAAAUCAGUAGAAAUGAAAAAAACGAUUCCCUCAUUCAGAGUGAUCAGAUAUUGGAUUCUCUGCUAGAACUUCUGAGAGCUGAAGACCUCCAAGUGAACACAGAGGCCUUCCUCUAUUGUAUUGGUGCUCUAAAGUUCAUUUCUGGAAAUACAAGCCUCAUUCGUGAGAUGGUCAGCAAGGGAACAGUUGAAAUUCUGGUACAAUUGAUGAAACAGAUUAAUUUAAUUAAUGAAAAUGAACCAGGAUUUUGCAGCUCAGGACACCUCUUAGUCCAGCUAACUGCUACUUUGCGAAACUUAGUUGACUUGCCUCAAUCAAGGCAUAAACUCCUGAGCUAUGGAGCAAUUCCAGAGCUUUGUUUGAUAAUGGAGAAACGUAUGAAUGACAAGGAUAUAUGUACCAAUCUGGCCAGAAUAUUCAGUAAAAUUUCUUCCUUCAAUGAUUGCUGCUCAGCUUUGGCAGAUUGCUCCAGAUGUUACAUCUUAUUUUUAACCCUGCUAAACAAACACCCAAAGAAGCAGGAUUUAGUUGUUCGUGUCAUUUUCAUUCUUGGCAACUUGACAGCAAGGAACAAUCAGGCUCGGGAACAAUUUUUUGAGGUUGAAGGAAGCAUUAAUACCCUUAUAUCCCUAUUCCAAACUCAUUGUGACAGUGACUCUAAUAGUAAACAGUGGAAAAAUGGUGGCGAAUUAAGAAAUCUCAAGCACUGUUCAGAAGCAGAAGAUGUCCAGAUCAAACUUGUAAGAGUGAUUGCCAAUUUGUCCAUUCAUCCCACUGUCGGUGCAAAUCUAGCAAGUAACCAUCACGUGGUGGCAUUACUUACUGAAGUACUAGAAUACAAAUCAGUUGAUGAAUGUGAGGAGAUGGUUGUUAAUACUACAGCAACAAUCAACAAUUUGUCCUACUACCAAGUGAAGAAUUCUGUAAUCCUUGAGAAGAAAUUAUAUAUUGCAGAGUUGCUUGUAAAGUUAUUAAUGAGUAAUAAUAUGGAUGGGAUUCUGGAGGCUAUUCGAGUCUUUGGUAAUCUUUCCCAGUAUCAUGAAAUCUGUAACUUCAUUGUACAGAGAAAGGUGUACAAAUUCAUGAUCGCUUUGCUCGAUGCCAAACAUCAAGAUGUCUGCUUUUCGGCCUGUGGUGUUCUCCUCAACCUUACUGUGGAUAAAAGGUGGCGAGCUAUACUGAAUGAAGAAGGCACAAUUAAAAAGUUAAUAGAUUGUUUAAGAGACUUUGGGCCUACAGACUGGCAGCUGGCUUGUUUGAUAUGCAAAACUCUGUGGAACUACAGUGAGAGUGUGCCCUGCUUUGAAGAGGAUGACUCCAAUACCCUGUUCAUUCUCCUUGCAUCAUUUUUAGAUGAAGAAUUAGCUCUGGACUAUGAUUCUGACAAUGAUUUAAGAGAUUACCACAAACUGUAUUGGGAAUCAGAGUUCAAACCUGUGGCACAGAAGCUUCUGCAAAGAAUUCGGAACUGAAGAUCAUUUUUAUGUCCGUUAAAUAUUGCUUCAUUUGAAGGUGGGGGGUGUUGGAAUACUUUAAGGACACUUCAGAGCUUUUUCGAUGGAAAAUGAUUCUCAGUAGAUUAUUUAUGUACUUUGUACCUUGCGUAACUUAAAUUUCCAGUAAGAGGAGGAUGCAAAAAUAAACCAGCUGUAUUGUUACAACUAAGUGCUGACUUAAUACUAGUCUCUGACUGAAUAGAUCUGUUAGGGACUGACAAAAAAUUACAAAUGCCACUGCUGCUAUGCAAA